AUGAACAAUUUCACUCUACCGCCGAGCAACGACAGCUUGGAAAGACUUGGGACAGGUUUUGGCACCUCUUUGAUUGUUAUCAACGCUUUGAGCUCCGUUAUAGCUUGCGUUUUAAAUUUCUUCAUCAUUCUAACUUUUAUUAAGACGUCAUCAAUGUGGACACCUUCGUAUAUUCUUAUUGUUUCUUUAGCGUUGUCUGACUUUGGUGUUGGGGCUAUGGUACAGCCAGUUUUUUGCGUUAACUUGUUUGCCACAAUGAAAGCAUGCCCUUCCCUUUUUGAUAUGAGCACUGACAUAACUCAAAGAAGCGGUUGGGUGCUCGUAUUUUCCUCUUUUCUCACGAUUACUGCCAUCACUAUCGACCGUUACUCCAGAGAAUNGGCUAUGGUACAGCCAGUUUUUUGCGUUAACUUGUUUGCCACAAUGAAAGCAUGCCCUUCCCUUUUUGAUAUGAGCACUGACAUAACUCAAAGAAGCGGUUGGGUGCUCGUAUUUUCCUCUUUUCUCACGAUUACUGCCAUCACUAUCGACCGGUUCUUCCUUGCUCUUAACUUGCACCUAAGAUAUCAAGAACUUGUUACAACGCAGAGGUCCUUUACAGCUUUGAUCUUUAUUUGGAUUUUUGGCUUGUCUGGGCUUCUCACUCAAUGGUUUAAUAUUGCCAAAAUACUCUACCUUUCUGUUGUGGCUACUUUGGUUAUUCUGAACAUAACCCUAAUGGUGAAAAUUUCUCGAGCUGUAAGUAAACAUUCAGCAACCAUCCAUGCACAAGAGCAAGCAGUACAGGGAAGCUUGGACCUUCCAGGAUACAAGAAAACUGUGAACACAAUGUAUUAUAUCAUGGGUACGCUGGCAGCUUGUUAUAUUCCCGUCCUAAGCGAGGAAAUUAAAUCUUUUGUUAUAAAAAGGAGCGCUAUUGCGUGGUACCUUACACACACAAUUAUGUUUAUAAACAGUGCUUUGAAUCCAGUCAUCUACUUCUGGAGAAUACAAGACAUGCGAAAUGCCCUGUUGCAGCUGUUUCGAACCAUGCGAUGUUGUCAACAGCAACAUUGA